ACCUCGUAUAUAAGAUCAAAACGAGAUCUGGGAAAUGCUAGUCUACCCCAUCAUGCCCACAGCUCUCACUCGAAACCGUCCGACUAUCCGCCAGCAACGGCGCCAGCAGUUAGAUAGGACUGUCAAAAAGGUCCUUCACCAGCUAAUCCAUCGUCCUCGCACUGUCAGCAAUGAUGACGACGAGGAUGACCCCUCUAUCCACUCUUCAGCCUCACCGUCUGAUCACAGCAUCAGCUCGGCUAGUUCUGACAGCACAGAUGACCAUAUAUCAAUGUCGGUAUCUUCUAUAUCGAGCCGGAUCCCGUCAGAGCUGCGUAUUGGACGCGCCAAGAUUAGCCAUAUUAGGCUGGUGAUUACUAAAUACCGUCACUUAUUGCACCCGCCUGCACCACGCCAUUAUGGCAAUAGGGCUUCGGUGGCUGACAUUGCCGAUUGGUCUGGCGUUUCCGUGGGAGGCGUUGAGUUAUGCACAAAGCGGUGCAUGAUCGCGAUCAUUUCCCUCCAUGAUGAUGUCAUCAAGGCACCAACUCCCGCUGAAAAAGAAGCCGCUAAAUGUUGGGUCGAGAGACAGGUUGUGACUCUCCCACAUAAUCUGAAAAUUGUCGAUUACUGUGUUGGUCACACAGGUAGUAUCCACGAUGCUUCAGCAUAUCUCGACACUGGCCUGAGAACGCAACCAGAAUCAUUCUUGGGACCUGGGGAGUGGAUUUGGGCUGACUCAGCUUAUCCACUAUCAGCCACAUGCGUCCCACCCUUCAAGCAGCCGCCUAAUGGGGCUCUGACACGCCGACAGCGGCACUUCAAUUAUUACCUAUCCCGUGUCCGCAUUCGGAACUCCGAAUUCAAGUCAGCUCAGUUCACCGACUCAGUUACACCAAACUUUGGAUUCGGUGUUGCUUCAUUCUUCACAAUAUGA